AUGAGAUGUGUAGUGUUUAUAUUUCUGUUGACAGGUGUUAAUGGUUCAUCGAAUAAUCAACUAAAUUUUCCAUUUGAUGUAGCACGUGAUCCGAAUUCUGGCGCACUGUACAUAUCGGAUUCUUGGAAUCAUCGCAUUAUGAGUUAUUUUGUAAAUGCAUCAUCCGGUACUGUAGUUGCUGGUGGUAGUGGACCAGGAACAAAUAAUUCACAAUUAAACUAUCCUAUCGGUAUCUAUUUGGACUUACCAUCGAAUAGUUUAUUCAUUGCCAAUUAUAAUUCUAAUAAUGUUGUUCGUUGGAUACUAGGUGCCAGUAGUUGGACACUAAUUGCAGGUAGCCGCAGCGGUGCCAAUGGUACUUCGUCAACAUUGCUCUAUCGUCCACUUGAUGUUACAGUCGAUUUUAUGGGAAACGUUUACGUAGCUGAUGCAUUUAAUCAUCGAAUUCAGUUUUUCCUAGCUGGUUCAUUGAAUGGUACAACAAUUACUGGCGUUAGUGUAACUUUUGGUUCUGACUCUUUUCACCUUUAUUAUCCAUAUGCUGUAGCACUUGAUUCACAACUGAAUUUGUACGUGUCAGACUGUCUUAAUCAUCGAAUUCAAAAUUUCUACUCUAUUGAAAAACAUAACAAUUUCAUUAUCUAA